GUCACUGCCAUUCUAAUUAUAUUUUGAUAUUAUUGUAGAAUUACAAUUAAAAAUAUAAGUAUUAACUAACAUGAAAAUGAAUCCAUUCGGAAAGAAAGAGGAAAUAUAUGGAUACCAAACUUUACACAGAGAAAUUGGAUAUUACAUAUCCAGACUUGAGCAAUACGAACGAUCCCUAAAGUUUUUCGAUGAAGCAAUUAAAAAAACCCCGGAUGACAAGAGAGCUCUUAUUGGAAGAUCCAGAGCUAGGGCCAAAGCUAUUCAAUAUGAAGGCGCUUUGGAAGAUAUUAACAAAGCCUUAGGAAUGGAUGCGGAUAACUUAGUAGUGCUUGCGGAUAAAGCUCUCAAUACUUAUCUCUGUUGCGAAUUUGAAGAAGGUUUGGUUCAAAACUCUAGAUUGGUUCCUAAAAGACAAAAACCCGAUAACUUUACUAUGGGUGUUAUGCAUUGUACCGCUGCGAUCGAAAAUUGCCUCGGCGAAAGGGCUGGAAGACCUUUAAGAGAUCAUUUUAAGAUCAUUAGAAAACUGGCAUGGAAAAAGAACUAUGCCGCUCAGAAACCGUUUGAACCGAAACCCAGAAUGAAAACGAAAAAGAAAAAACCAUCACCUUUACUAAAAUUAUUGUUAAACGAAGAGCUGCACGAACCAGUCCAGCCUCAGAUGUUUAAAGCUAAAAAAGGAAGUCAUCAUGACACUCUUCUUGAAAUAAGAGAUUCUUUACAUUCGCGUAAAUCGGACGAUGAACCCGUGCCACCAUUUACCAAACCAUUUCGAUUUAAGCCAAUGCAAAACUAUACUUCAAAUAUUGAAAAUUUCAUGGCUGAGAAGUAUUUAGAUUCAAUGUAUUUGGACAAGAUUUUCUUAAAAGAAAUUCGAACGGCUCCCGGAUCCACAUGUCCUAAUGAAAGGGGUUCGAAGAAAAUAAAACACUUGGCAAAAAGUUGCUUCCAGACGGUUUCAUAUAAACAAGAACUACUUAGAACACGGAGACCUUUCUACUUUAUCAAAUAUCAAGAAGCUAAAGUUUCCGGAGCGCUAAAAGCACGCCAAGAACUUGAACUAGAGCAGCAACAACAAAAUACUAAGCGAGAUGCCGACGCUAUUCUUUCUAAGAUGCUUGAGGCUUUUGAUGCGAAAAAAUUAAAGACCUUCUUAGAUUUGGUAGAAAAACUGAAAAGAUUCUGCGACGUAAGGUCGAAGAAACUGUUACCAAACAAGGACGAAUACAUGCAUGAAAUUUACGACAAAGUAUGCAAAGCUUUUUAUGAGGUCUACAGAGUCAACGAUGAGCAUAGUACCUUUGAACAAAAUAGAAGAAUAUACGCUCUAUUGGGUCUACCGCUUAGCAGACAACCUUCAAAAGAUUCGGUUGUAGGGCAAUUCAAAAAUGUAUUUAUUGAUUAUUCCAAAGAGAUUGUAGAAUUAGAGAGGCGGUUAGAGAAUGCAGUUUUACCUCAAGAGAUCUGUUGGUUUUACCAUGAGUUAUCGCGGUAUCAUAUCGAAGUCAAGAAACUAGAUUUGGCAAGAGUAUAUGCAAGGAAAUGUAUCCAACAGGCCAAAAUAAAUAAAAUAAUAUACUGGAUCUUUAACGGAACAAUGUUACUAGCUAAAUGCAAUCUUCAACAGCACAAUAAAAAUGACGCCAAAAACGACCUCCUCAGUGCUAUUAAGUGUUCUGAGACUUUAAAAGACUCCACAAAGGUUGACUUUAUCAAUAAAUGCUUGGAAGUGGUGGAAAAUGUCGAAUUUGAUGACAUAUUCGGUACAAAGGAGCUCGAAAAGCGCGAAAACAGAAUAAUCCAAAUGAUGUCGAGUACGAAAAUGAAAGAUGAAGUAGCACAUCUAUUCCAUCAAAUGUCAGCAAUGCCACCUUCGAGAAGGAUGACGGUAAUCCCAGGAAUUAAUAUACCAAAGCAAGGUAGAAGAUCUAAAGGUUCUAAGGUAAAGAAGAUGUCUAUAUUACCUACACGAAGGGAAUCGGGAGAAUCGUCAGGCUUUGAAGUAAAACGUGUGCCAUCGAAAAAGCUGGUUGGAAGUGAUGAUAAGAAAGGUGUAGAAUUCUUAAACCUAGUAGAGUUUCAUGUCUAAAUAUAUAUGUAACAUGAAAGAUCUAAUAAACAGCAAACAAUCUCAA